AUGGCAAGCUCAAGUGGGAAGGUUGAGAAGGUGUCUAAAUUUGAGACUUUAAAACUUUUGGAGAAAUGCAGAAAGGAAAGAGAUGAAGCCUUGCAUAGGGAAAGUGCCCUGAGAGAGAAACUGAGGCAGUACGAGUCCAGGAUGCGUUCAACUGAGGCUCUGAAACAGAAACUGAAGUCUUUAACUGUGGACAACAAGGAGCUGAGGAAACAAGUGAAGGCUCUUCGCACUGAGAUUGGACUGGAGUGCAGCCCCAAGUUCAACGGGAAGACCACAAAGGACAUCAUCAGUGACUUGCAUGAUAAGGAGCGUGAGUGCAGUUCCCUGGUGGAGAAAGCAGGGAAACUGAGUCUGACCAUUGAUGAUUUAACAUCAGAGUUGGCAAAUACUGUCACCUCUAAAACCCUAUUAGAGGAUCAAGUGCAGUCAUUGCAACAAAAUCUCAAGGAUAUGACAAACAAUCAGAGGCGUCUGCUCAAGUUGUGGGAAGACAAGAAGGUCCAAAGGGAGCAGCUUGCCCUCCCAGCAAUUAACCAGAAACCUGGACAGAAACUCCCCACCCAUAAAGCAGUUCAAACAGAUAUGUCCAUCAGUUCAUCGCAGAAACUUCCUGUUAAUGCCUUUGAGACAAAGCCGUUUGUUCGGGACCAUGACAGAAAAACUGUGUUGGAAAAACACAGCUUUCCAACUUAUGGAAAUGGCUAUCAUCAUGACAAGAAAGCCUUCAUGCAUGAUGAAACUAAAGGAAUUCAGAAUUGA